AUGCCACCUCCUCUCCCAGGUCAGAAGGGGACGGGCAAGAAAGGCCGCGACCGCCAGUCUCGUAGUCGCAAUAGCACCCCGAGCCUUGUCUCUCACCAUCCCGACAGUGGCGGCUCAACUGCGCUCCUCGAGCUCCCCAUCGCCAGCUUCCAGAUUGACGACGAGAUACUCGAGCACACUGGUGGCUCCAUAUCCAGCUCCAAGGAGCUCGAGGCCUUGCUUGAGCGCUUGAACAAGCUGGUUGCAAUCGUCGAGACCCGAGGAAGUGUAUGCGAUCGGGGCAUGAGAAUGGCCAAUGAGCUGCGUAAAGCUCGAGUGCAAGAGAUUGAGAACGAUAGGAGAGAUGAAGAGCGCAGGGAGAGGCUGAAGAGAGACGCCGCUGAGGAGGAGGAGAGAGGGCGGAAUAAGAAAGCCAGCAAGAUGAAGAAGAGAAAGGAUGCGAGUACUGCGCGUGAGGAGAGGCCUUUGACCCAUGGGGCGCAUGGGGUGGCACCUCAAGACGGUUCUCACACAGUCGACCAUCCAUCGACCAUCGGAUUCCGCGCUAGUGUAGCUCUGUUACUAUCCACAAAUUCCGGCCCCACACCGCACUCUUGCUGUCUCUGUUCUGCUUUCCAUGUGUUCCUCGCUGACAUAGCACAACCAGAACGCUCCGCUCCAUUGCAGGAUAAGAAACACGCUCGCAAGAUAUCUCGAGAACGUGACAACGACUCGGCCAGCUCCUCUCUUUCACCACUUCCAGUAGCACUGACCCCCGCUGCCUCAGCAAUGGAUCUCGACAGAGACGACAACGCUGAAUCAAGCUCGGACGAGCAUCAGCCACUACCGGCACCUGCCUAUCCCGCAGAGCAAACCUUUGGACCCGACCCCUUCUCAUUCCCCGAUCCCACUGUCUACGAGAUUCUCCCUGCGUGGGAAGGCAUGACAACCGACGAGAAGAAGGAACUCUACUCUGUCGCCAAAUUCCCAUCGCGCACCCUCGAGGAGUAUAUCCCUGCUUCGCCUCCCGACAAGGACUUCAGCAACGCGAAGCCUACCAAUCAGGUCCAAGCUAAUACCUUCGCUACCCAUAUUGAGCCUUUCUUCCGUCCAUUGACCGAGGAGGACCUGACGUUCUUGCGUGAGAGAGGAGAUCGUGUUGGCCCCUUCAGUAUCGCACGUCGUGGCAAGAGGCAUUACCUUGAAGUCUGGGCGGAAGAAGAUGGCGCGUUGUCUGCGGAUGGGCCUCAACCAGGUCGUGACAAGCUGCCACUCAAUCAAGCUCGCGGUGAUAUCGAGAGCAUGACCGAUCUCAUUGGCGAGAGUGAUCAGAUCUCUGCUGGCCCUAUGCUCGCACGCCUACUAGCUACGAUGAGACCGGAGCACCGAGCACCUGCUGAAGAGAAGACCCAUGGCGCGAAUGGCGACGUCGACACCAACCCUGACGGUAGCGAUAUCCUCAGCGAUCCUCACGACUCCCAAACCCUACCGCCCGCCACCUUCAUGGCCGACUCUAAUUUGGACGCCUGGAAGAAAGCCACCCACCCCAAGCUCGACCAGCAACAGGUCGACGAGCGCAUCAAGCAAGAGCUCCGCCACAUCGGCUUCCUCGCCGCCGACGACGAGCCCGACUACGACGGCCACUACGAUGAUGAGGUUGCCGCCCGCCUCCGCUCUCUCCAGGCGCGCCUCAAGGAACAGUCCAUCAUCAACGCGGCGCGCAAGGCCCGUCUCAUGGACAUCGCCAAGGACCGCAUGGCCCACCAGGAGUACACCCACAUCCUCGAGGAUCUCGACGCCCAAACCCAAACAUCGUAUCUGAAGCGCACCCGCACCCUUGGCAAGAGCAAGAAAGCCAAGCGCCCUGGCGGAGCCGGAGGCGGAAGCAACGUUGCCGCUGGCAAUACCGGUAUGGCUCGUCCCGGUCUCGGUGAUGGCGUCAAGAACUUGAUGGAGAAGCGCAGCAAGUGGAUUGACACGGUCGGGAGCGUCUUGGACGAGGAGUCGAUCAAGGUUCGGCGAAGCAAGGAUCCUGAGAGCUCGAUCUUCAAGCCGGAGGAUAUGGCGGAGUAUAUUCGGCGGGAGAAGGAGACUUGGGCUCAGGAGGUUGAAGAUGAGGAGUGA